GAUACGUCUUACCAAUAACCAAUAUCUUGGAGAGUCUCCAAGUUGCACCGUUGCUUGCUUCCAUGAUCAGCAGACAUACGCUCGGACAGCUGGGCCAAAUUCAAUCCAGCCAACUGAAAUCACAACACAGUAAACAGACAAAGAGAGUGGUGGGCCCCAGUGCUCAAAAAAGCUUGAAGAGCUUGUUGCUUCCACCAUCAAGCUGUUGAGCCUACAUACAGUUCUACCGGUACCUUGAUGCUGUUCGAUUCGCACAAUUCUAGUAGCUACUACCGGUAUGCCAGCCAGGAGACACGCCACCCUGUUGAAGGUCAGAUCAGAUCUAGGGACGAGGCUGUCGGUCUGAGCCCUUCAAAACAAUUCUGUAGCGUUGUCUGUUUUCUUGUUCAUGAGGUUUCUUUAGAAAUGUGAUUGGCAUGCUCGACAAGAUACUUUUCCUUCCCAAAGCAGAUGAGCCGCUGUUUUUUGCCUUGGCCACAUCAUGAUCCCAACGUCAGCACUUUCCUUCCAAGGCUCAUCAUUGCGGUUGACUCGUCAUGCAUGCCCAGUGACAAUGCAACCGCAGAUACGAGUGGAGUCAAGACCAAGUCAAAGAGCUUGGAAAAUGAUUGACUCAGAGUUAGUGUUGCAUAUGAUGGGUUGCUCAUAAUAUUUUAAUUCGAUUGACAAAAUGAAAACCUCCAACCAACACUCCAAUAAUGCCACCACAUUUACCACUGGCCGCAUGGCCUUGCUACUUGUCGUUGUGGCAGUGAUGCUCCACCACUUUGGCGGCGGAUAUCAAACGCCCGAUCUGGAAGAGAAUCUGAUUGGCAAGACAGCCCUCGUGACGGGGGCCUCUCGUGGUUUGGGAAAAGGCUACGCCUUGGGAUUGGCAGAAGCAGGAGCGGCUCUCUACUUGACUGCCACCACGGAAGCUUCAGCGGAAAAGACAUGUGUCGAAGCACGAAAAUUGGGUGCCACCUACUGCAAAGCAUUUGCUUGCAACAAUGAAAACGAUGACGAAAUUGAAGCACUGUAUCGCAACAUUGAGGCGGAUCUAUUGUCGAACGACGAAACAGAAGGAAGUAACAACAAUAAGCGAUUGGAUAUUGUGGUCAACAAUGCCUUUAAUACGGGCGAUACACACAAAUAUGCCGGCCAAAAAUUCUGGGACAAGGGCGAAUACGCCGGUCAUUUGUUUGAUAUCAUGACCAAAGUGGGCCUACGAUCCCAUUAUGUUUCCUCUGUGUACGCCAUGAAACUCAUGACCAAACUCGCUCCCGUGGGUGCUUCCGAUCGAGGAUUGAUUGUCUUUACAUCCAGCGGUGGAGGCAUGAACUAUUUUGUCGAUGUCGCCUAUGGAGUCGGCAAGGCCGCGGUAGAUCGCAUGGCGGCCGACAUGGCCAUUGAGACGGAAAGUGAAAACAUUACCGUCGUUUCCACAUGGCCAGGAUGGGUCGACACGGAACAGGUUCGAUGGGAGAUUGCGCAAGGCAAGAAUGGAACCUUUGGAAAGAUCAAAAAGGGGGCCGGAGCCACCAGCGAGGGUGCCUUUGAGUUUUUGGCUUCUACCGUUGGAACACCUCUGCAGGAAACCAUCUUGUUGAAUGGACGUACUCUAGCGGCGUUGGCCAAAGACAAGUUCAAGGCACAAUUCUCUGGCAAAGUCUUGCCGACCAGUUCCCUCUCCACACACUAUGAUGUGGUCGAUGAAAAGAACUGGAGGACUCCAGCUUUCUUCACCACUCGAUUCAUGGCGCUCUUGAUAUUUCCCAACCUCCAACAGGUGGAGAAUCUCCCGUGGGUACUCAAAUACAUUCCUGACAUUCGCCUUACACCCCAGUGGCUGCAAAAGGUAUUGAAUGGAUCUCCUCGCUUCAUGUAAGAAAGAAAGGGCAGAAUGAAGCGCGUUACAACUACGUUACUAAAGAUGAUAGAUAGAUGCAACAUUAAUUAAUAGAAUGCUGACUUUUUGAAAUGGAUUACUCUCGUCCCGUGGCUGCAUCUCUCAGCUGGAUGGAACCAACGAAAGGCAACCGUGAGAGAAGAUCUGAAUCUAAAGUACGGCAAGGUUUUCGAAGAAUACAAAAGCAUGUAAUAUGAUAGCUUUUAAAAUAAUAGUCGCAUACAGAUGAUGAGUACAUGGCAUGGGAGAUGUACUAGGCAAACGGCGUCAUGAAUAAUACGCUGCUGUAAUUCCUUUCGGUGAAUACCAUCCGGUAUCGUUUUGCACCGCAUGAGAUGUGUCGAAGAGACUCCUUCCAUGAAAGACAAAAAGGACCCCCUUCGGAGCGAGGCAUCCAUAAC